GAGAGGGCGUCGAGACGCCAAAAAUAACCGACGCCUUGUACGGUUUAGAUCAGGUUUUCUAGCUGCCAGUCUAGUUUUGACUUUGGUCAAUCGCUGGAUGCUGAGCCUUCGACAAAGUGUUCAAUUUCGGUACUUUUUCUUAUAUUUUUCUCAUCUUGUGGUUUUUUGUGGGGUUUUCACUUUCUCUGUGUAAGGAACUAACUGGCUUACUCGUUGGUCAUGUAAAAUGAUAAUGAAAGAGGAGAAAAUGCAAGUUGAAGAGCCCAAAGAAGUCCCAACAUUUGCAGAUAUCGAACAAAACAUGACUUGCGACGAUAUGAAUGAAGCUUCUUCUUUGGAUCAUAUUGUAGAACAAUCCAAUCAUGUUUCAAAUGAUUUGACCGACUUCAAAUUCGAAGGAAUCAAUUUGGAAGACGACAUAGAAAAAGUGGAGUUAUCUUCAGUGGGAUCGUCAGAUUUGAGCAGUGAGGAGCUUACCAAUGACCUUGCUGACCUACCUACCGUCAACAACAAUCCACAAAUCGCUGGUGAAGAACUGAGGAAUUGGUUCCAGAAAAUCAAGGAAAUGCAGAGUACGAUUUACAAGAAGAUGCAGUUGGAGCAACAGUCAACUCCCAUUGAAAUUCCAUCCAAAAACUUUGGAAGUCUUAGAACACCACCAAGCAGGGUAAUGAAGUACCAAGAUUUACCUUACAUGGGUGAAAUUACUCUGGAUAAUUCUAAACCCAGAAGAGGUAGAAAACCGAAGAAAGCUGAUAUUUGUCAUUUGAUUUACAAGAAUUAUGGUACGAUCCUGCCAGGUACACCUAAUGCUAACGAGUAUAUAGAACAGGGCAAAAAAGACAGUUCAGACAAGGUAGCAGCGAACAAAACUGUAAGUAGUUUAUUAGAAAAGAGACUGACACAGCAAGAUAACAAAAAACCCAAACAAAAUAAGAGGUCGAGCUGUUCCAAAACCACCGUAAACGAACCAAUGAAUCUAUGUGUGAGGGACCAUAACCAAUUGAAAAUACGACUAACAAAGAAUUCAGAUGACACAUAUUCUACCCAAAUAAAAUCUGAGCCACAGAGUGACGAAGAAUUUGAUGUGAAUAUAGACAACGGUGAUAAUCUGAAUGACGAGUAUGGUGUUCCACAAUUUCUUCUGCAGCAAUUCGCUGAAAAUGUAGAUUUUUCCCAAAUACCCACAAAUAAUUCUAACGUUCCACCUUUCUGUCUAUGGCCAGGAGCAGACCCAUUGGUGAAUCCACUAUCGAUGCAGGAACAACUUAUGUAUUACCAAAGACUCGCUACCAUGAACAACAUACCAACAAGACCACCUCCAGAAAUGACACCAAUAGAAUCCAAACCUAAAGAAAGAAAACCCGUCAUCAGAAUAAAACCUAAAGAAUGUAAAAAUGAAGAUGACUGUGAUAGGUCUUCCCCUGGUAAAAUUAAAAGAAGUUCUUCAACAAUAUCAGACAAGUCGCCUUCAAAACGAAAGCGAUCUGCAAUAUUCAUUCCACCAAUCCCCACUGAAAACAACACAAACCCAGCAACUGAAGUCAGUAUAUGCAAAUUUAAAUUUACAGGAGGUGCUAAACCUAGUUUGCAAGAAAAGAAGAUGUUAUCAGUAGAUUCUGGUGGUAAUUUCAGGUACUACAGUGGUACAGGAGAUAAAAGCAUGAGAGGCUAUGAGUUUUUCCCAAGAGAAACUCUCCAACAGACUGCUAAUGCCACCCAAGGCUCUAGCACAGGUGCAUUUCUUCAAGCCUGUGGUGAAAAGUUCUUUCCAGGAAAUGAACUGAAUGAAAAACAAGUCAAAUCAGAAUUUCUACUCAGUCCUGAUCUACCAACCACUAGCUCAAAUUCACCACAUCAAGAAAUUAAUUUGAGGCAUAAGAAAAGGAAGAGUAGAAAGUCUCUUCAAAGAGAAAAGUUAGAACAAACUUUUAAAGAAAAAGGUUUCCUGAUUCAAACUCAACAGUUAGAAUCAGCUGAAGGUGCUACGUAUUGUAAGUUUAGACAGUUGAGGAAGUUCACAAGAUAUCUGUUUAGGAGUUGGAAAGACUAUUUGCCGGGGAAUGUGCAAGAAAUUCAAGAUAAUGUCAGAAAUGAAGCAAAUUUAGACAAUGCAUCUAAAUCUGUUUCAGAACCUACUUGAAGGAAGUGUUUGUUAAGUUUUUGACUCAGGGAAAAAUUGAAUGUUAUCAAAUAGUAUCUCUAAUUUAUUGUUGUUGUAACUAUUAUGUCAAGCCAAGUGAGAACAAUUCCAGAGGUGAAUAGAUGUAAUUUUCUAACCAAAGAAAUUAUUAUUAGGAAAUAAAAAUUUGGUACUAAUUAUUUAAUUUCACCUAACAUUAUUCUUGUUGUACAAUAGGAGUUGAUUUCUUGAGAUAUUCUAGUCCUAGAUAAUUAUUAUUUUUGAGACAUCAAUGAUAUUUGGACCUAUAGUACUCAUGUAUGUUAAAAAAUUGUUUAUGAAAGACGCUUUAUUUAUUAUUUAUUUUAUAAAUAAAUAACUCGAUUAUUUGAUCCAUAUUGUUCAAUAAAUCUGCAUAAUGCAGUGCGAAUAAUUAUUUUAAUUACC